AUGGAGCUGGGGUCGGACAUAAUACACGACAUCGUUCAUCCCACGGCUGCCUUCUCCGAAUUCACUCGGACUCGAGCGGACCACCACGAUGGCGGCGGUUCAUAUCGGCUGUCGCCAGCGAACUGGGAGGCUUCCCAGCUAAAUCCCAAGAACCGCGUUGACAGCCUCGAUCCUCUCCCUGAUCCUCUCUGGCGUAUCGAUGGCUGCACAGGACUGGGAACCCAGUUUUACGUUCUCCCGUUGUUUCUCCACUGCGUGCCGCCCAUGCGCAUCGAUGCCUUCAUUCCGGAACAGUCGAGUCAGCCGUAUGAGAUUCGACAGCUGCUCGACUUGGAUGUAGCCUUCCACACUAAAGAUCGAGCUCGGGUCCAAAAGCUCAACAUAUCCAAGCACAUUCUCCGCGCUUUACAGCUUUGGACACAAAGUCUACCAGAUCCUACAGCACUCUUCAAUUCUGUACCGUUUGGAUCUCGCAUUGUCUUCAAAACCCUAUCUCUGGAUGUCAGAGCCAUGGAAAUUGAUGUUGCGCCAACGUACUACCUGGAACGACAAUUGCUCUCAGAGUCUGCCUUGGCUGACAUGUGGGGCGCGGCAGUCCAACUGCCAGAUUGUCUCGACAUCUCCGAGGUUCACGUCGUCGAGCAGAUCCAUGACAGUGUCUGCCUUGUCCAGAUCCAGGGCCGCCUUUGGAUUCUCAAGACUUUGACGAGUUACACCAAGUACUUGUAUCACGAACUCAAGCUACUUUUGUCAGCGAAGCCGCAUCCAAACGUCAUGUCACGACCAGCUCACCUCAUCACGAAGCGAUGUAGUUUUGGCAGCAAGAUAGCCGUCGUUGGCUUCACACUCGAGUACCACCGCCAUGGUACCAUGAGAGAUAUUGUGCCACUCCAGAGAAUCCACAAUACGUUUACCCCCGCCGAGCAGUUCAAGUGGUCCAUACAAAUCACUUCAGGCGUAUUACACCACCGGGAAACCUCUGGCACGUUUUACCCGGACCUUCGUCUCGACAACGUUGUCAUGUCAAAAGAUGGAGAUGCCAUCAUGGUCGACUUUGAGCAGCGCGGGGUAUGGUGCGAGUUUGCUUCCCCUGAAAUCAAUGCCAUCGAGUACAUCCGCUUGUUGGCCAUUGACGAGGACAUACCCGAAGACGUCAAGGAUCGCUAUGCCGAGAUACUGAGGCGCAUGUGCCCUGAUUUCGAGGCUCUCCAGAGCAGAGAGGAGUAUACGAACCCCGCCAACGGCUACAACAUUUGCUGGGUAUGCCUCAGCCCGAAAGAACAGGAAGCCUCUGAGGUGUACAUGCUUGGAAGGGUGUUAUGGUGUAUCUUUGAGGGGGCCAGUGCUCCGCAGCAAGCUGCUGUUUGGCAGUCUUAUCGGUGGGAGGCCGAAGUCGACUUUCCAGCCUAUCUAAGGACGCCGCCGAAAGUAAGGGCCCUCAUCGACCGCUGUACCAAUGGCCGUCGACCCACACUGGGUAGCCAAAUCAGCAGAGAUGGCAACAGGCUUGUCUUUAAAGGUUCCGAAAAGAUGGCUGAUCCGGAAGAUAUCCGCACAGCUGCCGCGACGUGGUGGAAGAGAGAGGUGUUGUGGGCAGAAACAUUCUUGGCCUUGAGAGAAAACUCCAAAUCAGCGGGGGAAUGGGAUGAGAAUCACUUUGGUAGACCAAGUCUACAGGAGGUACUGGAGGAGCUAAACAAGUUGCGCAAUGAGGUUUGA